CGGUUUUUGCCUCCCCUUUAUCUCUCUUCUGGCAGCCUCGCAGCGUCUCGUCGGUUUACCGUUACCCAGGCAGCAGCAGCACUUUGUCAAACGCGAGGCUCGACCCCGCGCCACGCCAAAAGAUUUUCUGGAUUCCGCCCUCCAGCCAGUCGCUCCGAGACCCUACACUCUCUUCUGCACACCAAACCCCAAGCCAUCAUCAUGGCUUCCGAAGUGGAAAUCGAUCUCUAUGAGAUCCUUGAAAUCGAGAGAACUGCAACGCCCGACCAGAUCAAAAAGGCCUAUCGCAAGGCCGCGCUGAAAUACCACCCCGACAAGGUCCCCGAGGAGCAGCGCGAAGAGUCAGAGGCCAAGUUCAAAGAGGCCAGCAGAGCCUACGAAAUCCUCAGCGAUGAAGACAAGCGCCACCUCUACGACACCCACGGCAUGGCUGCCUUUGACGGCAGGGGAGGCCCCGGCGGCCCCGAGGUCGAUCUCAACGAUAUCCUCUCUCAGAUGUUCGGGUUCAACAUGGGCGGUCCCGGCGGCCCCGGCGGUCCUGGGCCCAUGAGGCCGAGGAAGGGGCCAGACGAGGAGCAGGAGUACAAGGUCACGCUCGAGGAGCUGUACAAGGGCAAGACUGUCAAGUUCUCGGCCAACAAGCAGGUUGUCUGCGGCACCUGCAAGGGCUCCGGCGGCAAGGAAAAGGCCAAGCCUGCCUCGUGUGAGCGCUGCAGGGGCCAGGGCAUGGUCGAGGCCAUUCGCCAGAUCGGCCCCGGCAUGAUGCGCCGCGAGACCGUCCUGUGCGACCACUGCACGGGGUCCGGCAAGGUCUACAAGGAGAAGGACAGGUGCAAGAAGUGCAAGGGCAAGCGAACGACGCAGGAGAAGAAGGUGCUGGAGAUUUACAUUCCCCGAGGAUCGAUGCAGGGCGAGCGCAUUGUCUUGGAGGGAGAGGCGGACCAGUACCCGGACCAGAUACCCGGCGACAUCGUCUUCACUCUGGUGGAAGAACCCCACGACGUGUUUAACCGGCUUGGAAACGACUUGUCCGCCGAGCUGACGGUGUCGCUGAGCGAAGCGCUGACCGGCUUCAACCGGGUGGUGCUCAAGCACCUCGACGGGCGAGGCAUCCAGAUCAACCGGCCGCGGGGCAAGAUCCUGCGGCCAGGUGACUGCAUCAAGGUCCCCGGCGAGGGUAUGCCCCUGAAGAGAGGAGAUGCCAGGGGAGACUUGUAUCUCAUGGUCAAGGUCGAGUUCCCCGAGGACGGCUGGCUGAAGGACGACUCUGCCUACGAGGCGCUGGCCAAGAUGCUGCCGCCCCCGCUGCCGGCUGUAGAGGCCUCUGAAGAGGUUGACGAUGUGGAAUACGAGGACGAUGCCGACAUUGAGGAGAUGGGUGCUGACCAGGGUGAUCCUCGAUUCGCCAACGAGUGGGAGGACGACGACGAGCACGAGGGCCAAACACAAUGUGCCACGCAGUAAGGAGGCUGUUCACCUGGCAUAUCGAACGUGUCACAACAUGUUUCUUUUUUAUCUUCAUUUGUUUGGUUUUGCUUGAGGAUAGAGACUAGACUUCCGUUUGCCGAGGGAACGGGCAAUUUGGGACGAUUAGGGGACUUUUUAACGACUUGAAAUUUUCUUCGACGGGUUUUGACGAACGCUGGGAUAGAGGGUCAAUUUGACGGUCACUACUUAUGGGAUGACGAGGCAAAGCAUAGGGAUGGAAACGGCUGGUCACUCUGCUCUUGAAUGAAUACCGAAGGGCUUUGGCCCAGAUUGAUGGGUUGCUUGUG